GGUAAAAAGUAACACCGACAUCUUUCGAUUUAAAUACUGCGACAACAGGCACGAAUUUUAUCAGUAACUGUGUUACAUUUGUCGUCGGCAGAAUAAACACAAUUAUUUAACUACCACAUAACGAUACAGACAAAAUGAUCGCCAAGAUAUUCGUCAUUGUCGCUUGCGCGUCUCUCGCCAUCGCCCAAUACACCGUGCCAAGAGCGUACGCUCCGGAGCCCAAGUACGCACCAAUCCCGUACAGCUUCGAAUACAGCGUAAACGACCCACACACAUAUGACGUGAAGAGCCAACACGAAACGAGCGACGGAAAUGGCAACGUUAAAGGAUCGUACAGCCUUUUGGAAGCCGACGGUUCCACCCGCGUCGUCGAAUACACCGCCGACGACCAAAGCGGUUUCAACGCCAUCGUCAAGAACUCCGCCUCUGCUUCCUACAAGCCAACUUACUCCGCACCAUCUUACUCAGCCUACAGACCGGCAUACAAACCUGCAUACUAAUCGUUGUUUUUCUCUUCUAAUGUGAACCAUCUAUCUUCUACACAUCGAUUCUUCUUCAUGUAUAUACCUCUUGGUAACCGCGUUCAUAUUGAACCGUGGUCCCAAAGUCAUGCCGUACCAUAAUAAUAUAAUAUAUUAUGUACCUAUAAUAUAUGAAAACGAGUACGAUUUAUAUAUGUUUUGUUACCGUCAUCAAGAAUAUCCUAGCCGGUUACUUAACACCUAAUUGAUAUUUACCUGAAAAUAAUAUAUUACUAUGUUAUAUUGUCUUGUUUUGGUUUUGUAUAAUAUUGUCUUCUAUCAUUGAACAUAAAAAAUUCUCAUUUGCUCAUCAUUCAUUAAUCAUUUAUCACGUUGUUUUAUGUACAUUAUAAUAGUAUAUUCCUAAUUGUUAACCAAUAUAAGUUAUUAUAGUUUUAAUUUCACCAAAC